AUGGAUGAGAAAAGUCUUACGGAACGACUCCAAAAUAUGAAUGGUAACCUCGAUGCCCCAUCAUCGGACCAAGUAACCCAAAAGCAGGAAAAGAAGCCCAAGAAUCCCGAAAAGCCCAAGAAGUCCAAGGAGCCUGAGAAGCCCAAGGAGCCCGAGAAGCCCAAGGAUCCCAUCGACGGCGUGCCAGAUACACAGCAGGCCGGUUGCAUCUGCAACCGUGAAAGAAAGGUCUACAAAUGUAGCUUCUGUGGCCGCUUCGUGUGUGGACGCGUUGCCAAGGUGUGCACCGUCCAUCCAUCGGAGAUAUGUUCGAUGGACCUUCGUUUGUGUCCCCAUUGUGGCUUCAAUUUCUUAACCAAGACCCGUUACAGAGUGGAGAACGUGGAGGAUCUAUUGAAGUAG